CCUUGAAACAAGGUGGUUUUUGCUAUGGAGAUUUAAAAUAGGGCUUGUGUGAUACUUUAUCCCUUUCCAGAUUGCUGACCCUGAGACCUGUGACCGAAUGUACGAGAGCUUAGUCAGAAUCCACACCAACUACUACAAAAACAAGUAUCCACGUCUGAAAGACACAAGCUUCACUGGAGUGACAGUAGAAGACUGCAAGAUGAUACUAGCAACAGACAUUCUGAAACAGAUGGAAGACAUGAAAAAAGGGACAUGGAAAAAACUGCGAGAAAAGUUUUAUGCCAAGAAACCUGAAGAGGACUCGAAGCGAUAGGCUAACUCCCAGAUUCUCCACUGUAUAUAUUCCUAAAGCACUGUAUGUUGCCAUGAUGAAUAAAACCAUUUAUUCCUCUUAGC